UAUCUAUAACUAAUAUGGUACUGCACGUUUAUAUACAGUGAUGUGGCGGUGUACAGGAUAUCAGUAGUAGUAGUAGUGGUAGUGCACGCGUGUCCAUGUGCUACUGCUGCUGCAGUCGUCUGUCCGACUGUGCUGCUGCUGCUGCUACUGUUUGUGAAUGAUAGGCUGCUGCCGCGGCAGCAGCAGGCACGUGUGCUCUGUGCUUCACGAUGCGAAUUUACAAUUGAUACGCUGCGGGAGCCUAUACAUAAUAACGCGUAUCUCGCACGAGUUUGCCAAAGUUUGUCGUUUUGUGCAUACGUGUGUGUGAUUAUUAGUGUUCGAGUGAGCGAUACGAUACGCGCCUGCCUUUUGUUUCGGGGCUGUGUACUGUUGUGUUAUAUAUACACACACCGAUGUUAUAAGCAGUGCGUGUGUAUGUGUAUAUCGAUCAAAGUUCAGGUGAUAGUGGGCGUAUAUUUAACGCCAAAGUUUGCGCGCCAACUGAUUACUCCGAAGACUACGAUAUAUUAUAGUAUUUAAGCGCAAGGAAGGCUGAAUACAGCUCAAGUCGAAGGCGGCGAAGUUAAUUUUAUGCCUGGAUUAACAUCCUACAACGUGGACUAAUCAGCGCGAAUGCAGAGUGGAACACGUGCGCAGCAGUAAUAGUAGUAAUAACGGUAAUCGACAGUUCGAUUCCUCGGAUAUUCGAAUCGAGAGAUAAAAGGGCGAAAAAAAAAUAUCGGAGAGAUGAAGAAAAAAGUGCGACACAGACGAGCAGCCACAGCGAGGAGGAACAAAGGGAGCAGCAGUAGCAGUCCAAAACGACGUGACAAAGGGGACGACACGACAAAGAUACGCAAAGUUCAUCAUGAUCAGUAGUUGAGCGAGAUUAAAAAUUCGGCAGACGUGCACGUAGCUUGACGAGCAGCAGCUCGUUAGACGCGAGAGAGAGACGAUGAUGACGUUUACGUAGAGAACGUGUGACGUUUCGACCUUGACCUUUCUCUCUAUCUCUAUUUAGGCGAAUUAUAAAAAAGUGCCGCGGGCUGUUUAUGCACUUACCUCUCCGCUGGACACAGCAUCUAGCUUGCAUCAUCUCUCGUUUUGCUUUCGUAGCUCUCGAGUACGUCAGUAACAUCGAUGCGACUUUGGAGCGCCGCAGAGAUCUCCAAAAUGAAAACAACAGCACCUCGUGCUUCGUCGGGAUACGCAGCAGCAGCAGUAGAGAUGCGAGCCUCCCGCGUGACGACGACAACGACGAGCAUUAUAUAGCAGGCAGCUGAGAAUCGAUGCGAGUUAUAGUGUCGUUCAUGCAGUGUUUGUUGUAUAUAAAUACGUGAAAACGUGGAGCUGUGCUGCUGUGCCUCUCUUCUCUCUUUUCUCUCAUCCUCGAACGCGCAGCGCGAUGUAUAUUUAUACUACUACUGCUACUAGCCCGACGCACGCACAUGGCGUAGCGUAGUAGCAACGAGAGACAGGCAGAUAGUCGCUCGUAUCGCUCGGAUACAGACAGUCUACUCGCUGCAGCGGGCGCGGAAUAAAUACUAGUAGUCAGCGGAGGCUCCCGCGCGCGCUUUUGUUUGUGUGCACUCUAACCUCCUCUUUUAAGUGUGCAGGUGUGCGCGCCAAAAAAGAGGAAGAGAACCUUAUUUAAUAUUAUACUUUACUAUCUUUAGUGAUGAUGUGAUAUUAAACUACACACAGUGUAUGUUUUGCGUUUGUGUCGAGAGAGACGGUGCAGUGAACUCGAAUACUGUGCGAGACCGUUACGAAUUUAUUACAUCGUUGUUUAAUAGUGUAUAAUGUUUACAGCGUUGUUAUUGUGUCGUUCUACCGUAGAAAUUAGACGUUAUCUCUGCACUAAAGGUUGUGCUCCAUAUAUUUCGAGUAAUUAUACUGCGUCCUCGCUCUUCUACAUUACCAAUUGUAGACGUCCCCGUACGGCUUGCUGACCACGAAUUCAGAGUACCUGAAAGUAAGAUUUUUUGGCCGCGCGCGGCGCCACACCGCUCGCACCGCGUACGGCCGCCCUUCCGCCUCAGUUGCUUUUUCGUGCGUGCACGCUGCACACGUAUAGUGAGUUUAACCUAGAAAAGUAAAGUAAGAUGCCCAAAAAAUCGAAGAGAGAAAGAGAGCCUGAGGAGAGGUUGGAAAGGCUCCUCAAGAAAGUUAGAAAGUUGAAUGCUGAGGUGGAAAACGUUAAGACUGGCCUAAAUAAGGACGAGGACGGCGGAAAUAAAUCUCCAUUGGGUGAUGAAAAUGCUUCGCCAAACACCAACAAUGGCGUACUGCAGUCACCGCCUCCCAGAGAUCCGUUGUCUCCUGAGGGCACCGAAAGCGAGGGAAAAACUAUCGAAGAGGAGGAUGACGAAACUAUCGACGAUGAUAAUUGGAAUAAAAUAAUUGGUGAGGACCCUUCUUCUGCAAAAGGUGAAAAACUCUCCGUAAAGAAAGAUUUAUUAAAGAUAUGGCAAUUUCUCUGUCGCGAUGGCAUGUCAAAAGAAAAGGAAGAGGCCUUGAUUGAAAAAUAUCAGACCUUAGAGGAACUGGCUCCACCCGACUUGAACCCACAGCUAGACAGCAUUUUGAAAGAGACAGCUAAAAAGCGAGACAAAUACAUGUUAGCCGUUCAAAAAACAGCUGCACAAGGACUCUCCAUAAUUGGUUCGAUUAUGACCAAUAUUUAUAACAACGCAGCAGAAGGAAUGGAUAUUGAGGACGUUCUGUCGCCUCUGAAGGAAGCCGGAGAUUUGCUGUGCCUUAUUAUUAAUAAGCAAUCCAAAAACCGGAAAGCGUUUAUAGAACCUGGAUUAGCUAAAGACAGCGCACAGAUUUUGAAAAAUACAAAAAUUGAUGAAUUUUUGUACGGGAAAGAUCUGUCUUCCAAAAUUAAAGAAACCAAAGCUCUGUCAAAAGAAGGGCAAGAAUUUGCCAAGCCAGUGGUACCUUCUAAGAAUUUAAACACGAAAUCCCCGAACGUUGGACGUCGAGUUGCGGGGAAUACAUUUAUCGGAGGACGUCCGAAACAACAGCUGUUCUUCAGAAACAGCCAACAAUUUGUGAACAACAGGGGUCGAUCAUCUCGAGGGCGCGGAGGCAGACAAGCACCGUACAGUCCGAACCAACGAACGAGCCAAUAAAUGUAGGCGGUAGACUAAAAUAUUUUUAUAAAAAAUGGAUGGAAAUCACGGAUGAUAGCUACAUUCUUAAUUUAAUUCUAGGCUAUAAGAUACCGUUUCACACUGUUGUUCCGGAAACAAUGCAUACUUAUAAGUCGCGCGUUGAGUCAGAAAACAAAGUCGCAUUAAACGCGGCGAUUGAAAAGUUAAUAGUAAAAGGCGCGAUUAGAGAGUGCGAAUACUCUGUGGGUCAGGUAUUAUCCCCAUAUUUCUUAGUUAAAAAACCGGAUGGUUCCGACCGUUUUAUUUUGAACUUGAAAUAUUUGAAUGAAUUUGUUAGAGUAGAACAUUUUAAAAUGGAGGAUCUCCGUACUGCCAUCCAAUUAAUUUUUCCGGACAGUUACUUAGCCUCGAUUGAUUUAAAAGACGCAUUUUUUAUGAUACCGUUACACCCCAACAGCCGAAAAUUUGUACGUUUCAAGUUUGAUGACAAAAUUUUUGAGUUUCUCUGUUUACCAUUCGGUUUAUGUUCUUCCCCACUUGUGUUUACUAAAAUCAUGAAAGUAGUUAUGAAAUCGUUAAGAGCGCAAGGUUUCACGUCAGUAAUUUACUUGGACGAUAUUUUAUGCAUAGAGAAUUCUUACGAGGAGUGUUUAACUAAUUUGAAAAAGACAAGAUUUUUUCUUACGGAAUUGGGAUUUAUCAUUCAUAAUGAAAAAUCAAACGAAAUUCCUACCCAAAAGGGGAAAUACUUAGGUUUCAUUUUUGAUACUAAAAGAUAUUGUAUUGAACUCCCAGAGUACAAAAAAGACAAUUUGCAGAUUCUUAUUAAAAAAUUCCUUAACACUCAAUCGUGCAAAAUCCGAGAGUUAGCUCAUCUCAUAGGUAAACUGGUUUCAUGUUGUCCAGCCCUUGAUUAUGCUUGGCUCUAUACUAAGAAUUUGGAAAGAGAAAAAAUCUUCCAAUUAUAUUUUAAUGAUUUCUGUUAUGAUAAGACUAUAAUAUUAUCUGACGCGGUUAAAGCCGACCUUUUGUGGUGGUUAAAAAAUAUCCCGAAUAAUGUACACUACAUAAAAAACAACGAGUUCAAAUUAACGAUUUUUACUGACGCUUCACUUGACGGCUGGGGCGCAACUGAUGGAACACGCAAAAUUUAUGGAAUUUGGUCACCCGAUGAAAAGAAGUAUCACAUA